AUGCUUAUUAAAUUCAAAAAUAUAUCUCCUUUAUAUAGAUUUAGUAAAAUUAGAUCUUGUAGUUUUUCAACAUCAACAGUUCCAACAGCAAAGGAACAGAGAAUAAAAGUUAAGAACUGUGAAAUUAAUUAUGUAAAAGUCGGAACUGGUGCUCAGAAUGUACUAUUCUUACCUGGGGCCUUAGGUACCCUGUGGACAGAAGGAAAACCUCAAAUUGAAGGGUUUAAUAAGGAAAAGUUCACCUUAGUGGCAUGGGACCCUCCAGGUUAUGGUAAAAGCAGACCACCAGAGAAAGAGUUCCGAACAGAUUUUUUGGAAAAAGAUGCUGAUAUCGCUCAAGAAUUUAUGAACGCACUAGGAAUCUCUAAAUUCUCUCUAAUGGGAUUUAGUGAUGGUGGAAUAACUGCUUUAAUCCAUGCAGCUAAAUAUCCUGAUGCUGUAAAUAAGCUGGUUGUUUGGGGAGCUAAUGCAUUUAUAUUACCCCAAGAAUUGGAAAUGUAUAAAAAAAUUAAAGAUAUCAACGCUUGGUCAAAGAGAUUAAGAGAGCCAUUGAUAGAAGUUUAUGGAGAAAAACUAUUUGCAAGAUAUUGGGCUAGCUGGGUGGAAGCAAUGGAGGCUAUAUACAAAAAGAAUAAGGGCAAUAUUUGUUCAGAUUUGCUGAAGAAUAUCAAAUGCCCCACUCUUAUCUUGUAUGGGCAGAAAGACUCACUAGUGGACAGUGUUCAUGUUUCCCACCUUCACACAAAUAUUGAGGGUUCCAGAAUACAUCUAUACCCAGAAGGAAAACACCACAUCCAUUUAAAAUAUGCUGAAGAUUUCAACAAACGAGUGGAAGAUUUUUUGUUACUUCCGUAA